UGGGCGUGGCCCGCUCUCGCCAACAGGAGACCUGAGAGCCCUGAGCAGCACCAAUACAGCGGGCAGGUGUCUGCAGCAGCACAGCAAAGGGAGCGGGCAAGCUGAUUAUUGCAUUAAAGCUCACCCAUAAGGGGCUAUUAGAAGUCGGCCAUCCUCCCUCUUUCCUAAAUCCCUCUCCCCUUUUCGUUUUUUUGUUGUGUUUUUUUAUUUUUUUAUGAGCCCCCUCCACCCAUUUUUUAGUGCUAGAGGAUACCGCAGAUCGUCUUUGCAGCGCCCAAUUAAAGGGUUCCAAGGGAAGCAAAUGCUAAUAAUAAAGAGAGGCACACGUACACACGCAUUGGCAUCCCUCCCCGUCUCUUUGUUUUUGCAACCCUUUCAUUUUUUCAUUAGCACCAUCGAGUAGUAAGCCAGGGGCUGCUCCCAUUCACUUGCAGUAUCUUCUCCCUUUCUUGUUUAUUUGCUCCAUUUUUCUUCUUUUCUUUCCCCGGCCGCAGGUUUCUUUGUGUAAUAUUCCUUGGCCGGUCUCGUUGUGUGGGUUGCGAUUACAGAUCCGCUCAGUUAGGCGGUUGCUGCUUUUUUUUUUAACCAUUGUUUUUUUUUUUUUUACAACCGACUUGGUUCCAUCAUCUGCUUUAUACCCAUUUUUGCGAAGACUAAGCUCUACUGACAGAAGAAGACGGCAACUCCAAACUAACAUGGCAGUCAGACUGUGUGAUGUGGCUUCUCUGCUUAGAAGUGGCUCGUGGGCAGCAGAGCCUUGGACUGGGGUAAUUGCUGCCAUGGAAACACAGCUGUCCAAUGGACCCACUUGUAAUAACACAACAAAUUGUCCAAACACCAUAAACAACUGUUCAUCUCCAGUUGAAUCUAGCAACACUGAAGACAGCAAGACCAAUCUUAUAGUGAACUACCUUCCGCAGAACAUGACACAGGAAGAGUUGAAAAGUUUGUUUGGGAGCAUUGGUGAGAUAGAGUCCUGUAAACUAGUGAGGGACAAAAUUACAGAAGGACAAAGCUUGGGCUAUGGCUUUGUGAACUACAUUGACCCUAAGGAUGCUGAGAAGGCUAUCAGUACGCUGAAUGGACUGAGACUCCAGACCAAAACAAUUAAAGUAUCUUAUGCCAGACCAAGUUCCGCAUCAAUAAGGGAUGCAAAUUUGUAUGUCAGUGGGCUUCCAAAAACCAUGACCCAAAAGGAGUUGGAACAGCUUUUCUCACAAUAUGGUCGCAUUAUUACAUCUCGAAUUCUAGUUGACCAAGUUACUGGUGUCUCAAGGGGGGUUGGCUUUAUACGCUUUGACAAGAGGAUUGAGGCAGAAGAAGCAAUCAAAGGGAUGAAUGGACAAAAGCCGCCUGGAGCAACAGAACCAAUAACUGUUAAGUUUGCCAACAAUCCAAGCCAAAAAGUAAACCACACUAUUCUAUCUCAGUUGUACCAGUCCCCUAACAGGAGGUACCCUGGACCAUUAGCUCAGCAGGCUCAACGUUUUAGGUUGGACAAUCUGCUCAAUAUGGCUUAUGGAGGAAUAAAGAGUAGAUUCUCUCCGAUGACCAUCGACGGCAUGACUAGUUUGGCUGGGAUUAACUUUCCUGGACAUGCUAGUACAGGAUGGUGCAUAUUUGUUUACAACUUGGCUCCUGAUGCGGAUGAAAGUAUCCUGUGGCAAAUGUUUGGUCCCUUUGGAGCAGUCACUAAUGUAAAGGUCAUUCGAGACUUCAAUACAAACAAGUGCAAGGGCUUUGGUUUUGUGACUAUGACAAACUAUGAUGAAGCUGCAAUGGCUAUUGCCAGCCUCAAUGGGUACCGCCUGGGAGACAGAGUCUUGCAGGUGUCGUUCAAAACAAGCAAAACACACAAAGCUUAACAAGCUAACUUCUCCCAUUAUACACACACGUGCAACAAAGGCAAGUUGAUAAACUUUAUACUUUUUGAAAUUGUCUUUGUAAGUAAGUGUUACACCAAAGUGUGUGGGUUUAAGGGAGCUAAGGAAAAAUGCGAACAUGAUUUAGCAUCUUUACAAUAUGUGAGUUUAUUGUUGGGUUUUGGAUUUCUAUUUUGUUUGUUUGUGGACCUUAGGUAACAGGGUUUUUACCUGUCACAUUACAUUAUGCCUUCUAUUGAGGAGGGGGUUCUUUUAAGAUAUUUCAGCAGUGCGAAGACAUUUAUGUUCCUUUUUUUUUUUUUUUUUUUUUUUUUUUUUAAACAUUCUUACCUUCAAACCUGAAAAAAAAAAUUGAUUUGGAAGGAUUUUUGUAAUGUUCGGUUGAACUGGUUUCAGUGUAUGAAAGUUAUUUCAUUUACUAUAAUUUUUAAAUGUGUAAAACCAUAUUUUAUUUUGCUGUUAUUUAGGGGAUUGGGGGACUCCACUAUAAAAGCCUAUUGUAAGAAUACUGGAGACUUUUCAUAAAGCAGUACCUUGCCAAAGAGAUACGAACCUCUUUGAUGUAGGUUUAAAAAAAGAAAAAAAGCAUCUAUUUUUAUAAAAAAUUGAAAAAAUGUUCAAGAAACUUUUUACUGGUCCUGGAACAAAAUAUUUUGACUUGAAUACUUUGCAAAAUCUACUUCAUAUGACAGCCUUGUGAGCUUUUAAAACUUACCAGGAUAUUUGUGUGUAAUCAAUAUUUUCUGAAGGGGCGGCUGCAGUCAAGCAGUGGGAGGGAAAGAAGACAUUUCUGAUACAGGAGUAAUUUUCCUUUCUUUUCAUUUAACUUGCUCUAUUUAUAAGGGUCACUAUCAAUAGGGCCCAACUAUUUCUAAUAUUUAUCUUCCUGGUUAUUAUGUGAUAAGUGCUCACAUCAAUUUGUGAAAUUUUCAGCCAAUUAAAUGGACAGGAAAAUCAAUCAUUUAAACAUAAACAGCCUCUGGCAAGCAAAGUAAAUUGCCAAAUGUACUUUUGGGGGAAGCACUAAAUCUGUUCUUCCAAAAGCAUUCCCUUCAAAAGGAGCUCAUGGUGUUUAGUGAUGUACUUGCAGUAUUGUUUGACAAUUUUAUUUUGAAUGCAAAAUGUUUUUUUGUCGAAGAAACAAAGUUACGCACAUGGUUGUACUGCCAAUCUGUAAAGUGAUAUAUAAUUUCUGUUAAAAGAUUCUGUUUUAAUUCUAGCACCUGAGCUUUAUGUAUUGUAAAUAAGAUCCAGAUCAUUUUUGUAAUAGCAUAGCUAAAUAGAAUUGUGCAGUUUUAAUGGUAGUUACAUGUUUUACUGCUGCCAGAUACUGCAUAUAUUUAGUUCUGCCUAUCAAAUGGUCUUUUUUUUUUUUUUAUGUUUAACCAAACUGACUUUGUUUUUCCUUCUGCUAAGUGAUGUUGAAACUUUAAUAGUUUUGUGUAAUGGUUUUUGUUUAUUUUUUUCCCUUUAUAUAUGGAAUUAUAUUAUAUCUCCUUCAUGUUGUAAUUUAGCACCCCAAUUAUGAUGCAUCAGAUUUGUUGCUAGUUUAUUUCCCACUUUUUACGUUUCCUAAUUCUUUGUGUAGUUAAUGUUAACUUUAUGAUGCUUCAGAUUUCACCAACCGUAUGUUAGUGGUAUAAAAUGAGAAUCUGUAGAUUUGAUUUCCUUUUAGUUGAACUAUAUGAAUGCUCUUGGAAAUUUUGGUAUGGUGCAUAGAUCACUGUUGGGGGGGAAAAAAUUAUUCUUAAUUUGCAUCUAGUUUAUAAUUUGCAUCUAGUUUAAAAAGUGAGAAGUUUUACACUUUACUCAAUUAUUUUACAUUACUUUACGUAAUUAUUUACAUACCUUUUUUUUUUUUGUACAAAUGAAAAGGCUUCCCCAGGAUUAGCAAUGUGCUAUGCAUUACAUGUUUGUAAAUUCUUUGAAAAUAUUUUUUUUUAAUCUGUAGCUCAUCAAAUAUAUAUACCUUCUAUGGUAGUCCAGUACAUAUACUGUGAAACGUGCGUUUCAAAGUGUUAUGGUAAAUUUUCAUGCUCUUUCCACUAUGGUUUUGAAAAUGCUGAUAGAUUUGUUUCCUCUUAUUUGAGGAAAUGUUAGAAAUAUUUUCAGAAUCUUUGUAAAGCAGUGGAAAGUAAAUGAUUAAACUUGAGUUUAAUUUGUUAAAACUUAAAUUUUCUCCAAUGCACUACUUUACUUUAUUUAACAAAUACAAAGUCAUACUGCUUGUAGCAGUAAGGUGCAAAGAGCAUGGAAAUUGGGCCUUGCUUUGCAGUGUGUGUCAGAGCACUUCACAAAAUGUGAGGCUGGUAUUUAUUUGAAUUGUACUAUAUGACUUGAUGAACACAUCUGUUGAAAUAGAAUAUAUAUUCUGUUGAAUAUUAAACAGGCUGUACAUUUUAUUUUGUGUUUGGAUCCUUUGUACUUUUCCAUGUUCAGUACAUCAAUAAACAAAAGUUGAAGGGAAA